AUGAUACGUAAAGCGCGGUUCUCGUGGAAAAUUCCCGGCGUCAACGCGUCGCACCCACGGGAGUGUCAGGAAGCCGAUGAAGGAACCAAAAGCUCUCGCAGCAAUGGGGGUAGUUGCGUGGGUGAUCACCCCCCCACUUCCGGAGACACCGCGUUCGGAGACGGCCAGGCACUCUGGAGGAAGUAUUUUGAACACAUGGAAAAACAAAGCACAAAAGAAAAACUAAACACACAAAACGAAAAAGACAAUAAACAACAAAACACCCCAGAACCAUCUGUAAAUAACAUCGCUACUCAAGGCGACAAAAGCGUAGGCUCUCAGCCUGCGAAGGGGACACAACAAAAUAGAGAGAGAGAGAAACUCGGGCAAGCGAAAUUACUCCUUGCCAAAAUGAAGCUGGCUAUUACGAGACAGCCAAACAUAAACAAGGAGAUUAAGCAAGGGAUCCCAGAACUGGAAGAUAUCAUAGACAAUCUCGAGUUCAUCGCAGGUAAGAGAGUAGCCUCAAGCCCGCCGCAGUUGUCUGAAGAAACCCUCAAAAGACUGAGGCAAGAGGCAACGACGACUGAAUCCACCGUGUGGACAGAGGUCGUGAAGAAGAAAGGAAAUAAGGAGAAACCAGGGACGAAGGCGACGAAACUCCUACAUCAGGAGAAAAAGAAGCCGAGAAGAUCGAAGGAUAGACCGAGAAAGAGAACUAGGCCGGACGCAAUCCUUCUGAAACCUGCGCAAGGAAAAUCUUACGCAGACGUAGUCGGAAUCAUCCACCAGCGCUUCAAGAACAGCGCCUCAGGUGUAGACAUUAGAUCGGUCCGGCAGACUAGAACCGGAGGGGUUCUCCUCGAACUAAUGAAGACCACCGUGGAUAUCAGGGCCUCAUUCGCGGAAACCCUGAGAAAAGAGAUCGGAGGAACGAGCAGCAUCACGGAACUGGUCCCUAGAACUACUCUGGAGUUACGGGACUGUGACUGCUGCACCUCGUCGAUAGAAGUCGAGGAAGCCCUAAAGAGGACCCUGCGAGGCUACGCGGGGAAAAUCGAAAUUAAGAUUACGAACCCCAACGCAAGACAACAACGCCUGGCCCUCGUCAAAAUUGAAGAGAAAGCAGCUGCGCAGCUUUUAAAGGCCGGUCGAGUGCUGAUUGGUUUCAUCAGCUGCAGGGUCAGGGCAGAAGUGAGGCGAUGCUCCCGCUGUCUCGAUUAUGGUCACUAUAGUGCCUCGUGCAAAGGACCUGACCGCAGUAAGGUUUGCAAUUAUUGUGGCAGCACGGGGCACAAGAUCAAAGAGUGCAAGGUCAGCGAGCCAACUUGCUUCUUGUGCUCAAAGAGCGGUGUUGAAACUAGGAAGCACCUGGCGGGAUCAAGGGCCUGCAAAGCUUUACAGGAAGCCCUUGCAACAGCAAAGAAGUAG